CCCCCGCAGACGCUGUACACGUACCCCGAGAACUGGCGCGCCUUCAAGGCGCUGAUCGCGGCGCAGUACUCGGGCGCGCGCAUCCGCGUGCUCUCGGCGCCGCCGCACUUCAGCUUCGGCCACACCAACCGCAGCCCCCAGUUCCUCAAGAAGUUCCCCCUGGGCAAGGUCCCGGCCUUCGAAGGCGACGACGGCUUCUGCGUCUUCGAGAGCAACGCCAUCGCCUACUAUGUGAGCACGGAGGAGCUGCGGGGCAGCACCCCCGAGGCCGCGGCCGCCGUGCUGCAGUGGGUGAACUUCGCCGACAGCGACGUCGUCCCCCCGGCCAGCACCUGGGUGUUCCCCACGCUGGGCAUCCUGCACUACAACAAACAGGCCACCGAGCUGGCCAAGGAGGAGGUGCGGAAGGUUCUGGGGGUCCUGGACGGGCACCUGCGGACCAGAACGUUCCUGGUGGGGGAGAGGGUGAGCCUGGCCGACAUCA